GUCUGGGGCUACAUUCUGGCGGCAUACAUAAUGGUCAGCUUCGUUCUAUUUGUGAUAGCUCGGUUUAGUCCCUAUGAAUGGUACAAUCCACAUCCGUGCAAUGUCGACUCAAAUCUGGUGGAGAAUAACUUUAAUAUGCUAAAUAGCUUGUGGUUUACUAUAGGCUCACUAAUGCAGCAGGGUUCUGAUAUUCUUCCUCGAGCAACCUCGACUCGAAUCAUAGCUGGAUUUUGGUGGUUCUUCACUCUUAUUAUUGUCUCUUCCUAUACAGCCAACUUAGCUGCCUUUCUUACUGUCUCCAGGAUGAAGGUUCCCAUCGAGAAUGUAGAGGAUCUUGCAAAACAGACAAAGAUAAAGUAUGGCACGCGCAUGGGGGGCUCAUCAGCCGCAUUCUUUGAGGUGAACUUGGAGUAUAUACACUAUUUAUUUUCAGUUCUUCUCAUUUUAUAUCUUAAUUUUCGAACCUAA